CUCGGGGAGAUGUGGUCUAUCUAUUGUUGAUGAGACAAAAGCGCGAGUCAGAUUCAUAUAGGAGUGGCGGGGAAUAACUUCUCAUAUCCUCAUAUCACAGUCACAAAGCCACCCAGCAAAACUCCAAUAACCCCAACACUUCUUUCUGGACAUGGGUUGUUAUGAUUGCUGUAUCCGGUGCCUUGGGGCAGUGCCCUACCCAUCCCUGGUUGCCACCCUGCUGUUCUAUGCUGGCGUGGCAUUAUUUUGUGGCUGUGGGCACGAAGCGUUGGCCAAUACCGAAGUCCUCGUCGAGACUUACUUUGCCCGCAACGUUCAGGACUAUGUGGUCAUGGCCUCUUUUAUCAAAUACUUCCAGUACGUGAUCUACGGCCUGGCGUCAUUUUUCUUCCUCUAUGGCAUCCUGCUGCUGGCUGAGGGUUUCUACACCACAAGUGCAGUCAAGCAGACUUUUGGCGAAUUCAGGAGUACCCAGUGUGGCCGCUGCCUCAGCCUGACGUUUAUCAUAGUGACGUACAUCUUGGCCUUCAUCUGGCUGGCAGUGUUUGCCUUCACUGCCAUCCCCGUUCUCUUCUUGUUCAACAUGGAGCAGACCUGCCACAACAUCAACAUCCUGGCUGAAACAACCCCCAGCAUUAAUCAGCAUGGCUGGAUUUGCAUGGACGCCAGGCAGUAUGGUCUGCUCCCUUGGAAUGCAAUGCCAGGCAAGGCUUGUGGAAUGACCUUGGCAUCUAUUUGCAAAACCAGCGAAUUCUACGUCACUUAUGACUUGUACAUAGCUGCAUUCGCCGGUGCUGGGGUCACUCUCUUGGCACUGUUCCUGUAUCUGGUCGCCACCACCUACAACUACGCAGUCUUGCGGUUCCUGGGCAGAAAAGGGAUCCGCUAAGAGCAACGCCAUAGUCAACCCCAACCGUCUGGCUUUGAGAUGGACAGUCAACAUUAUGCAACACUAGAUUUACAUGUAUCCUCUGGGAAACGGCAACUUCCAAACCUGGAUCGCCUGCUAGUAUUUCUUUAGACGUGUCCAAUAACAAAAGACAAAAUGUUUCUCAUCACUGUUAAGCAUGAACAACAGACAGAGAGAUGAAGAUAAUUCACACCCGGCGAUGAGCUCUGGCCUGCUCCUCAAAUCCUCCUCUCAGAUGAUUCUCUUAGCUUUGUUGUUCAUUUCCCUUUUUGCAGGUUGUGUCUCUCAUUUUAUCUUUUCUGUGAGGCUUCACUGGUGCUGAUUGUGAUGUAUGAUGUUUCAUGAAUAAUUAAGAGAAAUGACAGCUUGCCUUGCGAGUCAUAACUGCGUGCGCACCACUCAGUGUUUACUGAUGCACAUAUUGGUUCUGAAUAUGAUUUUGCUGCUGCCUCAUUAUCACCAUCUUGCGUAUCAACAUUGUGUGAACUAAAGCAAGUGAAGCUGGAUGUACCAAAGUUUCUCUUUGAGCUUUUCACUUCACAAAAACAGAAAAAAAAGUACUUUGCAUUCACUCACAAUGCAUUUUUUGCUUUGCAGGGGGGUGAAACAAAUAUCUGUAUUCCUGGAGGUAUUUUGGUGAGAGCUUAAAAUGAGCUACCCGAGGGGGUUGAUGCUUCAAUAACUGAUCUCCAGGUGACUUGUGUUUAAUGUGUUGCCCUGCUGCUUGGUCUGGUGUGUGCUUAUUUGAAAUUAAGGCUGAUUAAACCAUUUACAUCUGAGGCAA